UAUUUGUGUGCUGAACCUUAAUAAAUAAUUCUAAAAUCAGUCUUGUUUUAAAAAUCGUGACGUAAAGAUCGCAAUAUAUAAAUUAAAACUUUAUAAUGCUCUUACUUAGUAUAUUUUUUAUUUUUGUAUACAUCCAAACUUGUCUUUCUUCUUGUGACGUGGGUGAAUCCCCUCCUGAGUGCGCAGCUUAUUGCUUCAGAGUUGUGAAACCAUGCUUAUCAUACUUGGAUGUUCUCCAAAACCGGGUAAACGCCUAUGAGUCGUCUGUACCGAGUGAUAUUCUGGCCAGAGUAUCUCUCACAGACACCAAAAUGGACAUUCUGGGAAGGCAAAUGGCGAUUCUGCAGGAGAAGGAGGAGGACUAUCAAAAAAAGAUUUUUAAAUUGGAAGACAGAUUGACAAAGGGUGUGCCGAGUCACUUUGGCGAGUUUCAGAAGGUCGGUCAAAAGUAUUAUUAUGUUGAAAAGGAAUUACGAGAAACCUGGCAUGGAGCUGUAAAAAAAUGUCAUGAGAUGGGUGGAUUCCUGGCCAGCCUGCAAAGCCAGCAUGAGAUCGACGCAAUUAGUGGAAAGCUGAAGGAGUACUCAGGAUACUGGAUAGAUGUCACCGAUCAGUUCAAGGAGGGAUUGUACGUGUCCAUUAGUACUGGACUAAGGGCCACUUUUCUAAACUGGGAUGGGAACGAGCCAUCCCAAAAGGGAGAACAGUGCGUCGAACUACAUACCUACAAGGAACCCCCCCGAAUGAAUGAUAAUUCUUGCUCCAAUAAAAAGUAUUUCAUUUGCGAAUCAUCCGCCGAUGUUAACGAUACUAAAUAAUUUAUUGGGUAUUAAUCACAAUAAACUCUUGUAAUAAACAAUUUUAAA